UUUAGAUGAGACGGGCAUUGCCAUUGUCAUUGGCAUUGCUUUAUUACGUAGAUGAUAGUAAAUAGAUUGAUUGGCCAUUGCCAGUAUAGGUUAUCACUAUGAUUUAUUAUAUGUAUGAUCUUUGUAUUGUACUAUGUACAAUUCAACUUAGAGUUCAACAUGUUCUGUGUAGAAUGGAGGAAGCACCAUGUGGACGCUGCAACUCACGGUGCCGGACCAGCCUUUCUACUGCCACGCUGUUCGGCAUCUACUUCCAGCCUUCUUUUGUUGUUGCAGCGAUCGUACCAUGCAAUGUGAGAUUGGCAUUCAAUGAGCUCAUCGGAGACACCGUGACCUUCGACGCUCUUGGGGGCCCAUACACUAUGCAGGUCGAGAAGGGGCGAAAGAUAACCCAGAUAGGAGGAGAUGAUUGGGAUCGUUUCAUUGCCCGCAUGCGUCUUAGUGGGGGUGAAUUGAUCAGCUUCUCCUUCAGAAGAGAUAGGCCCAGGAUUUCUGUUAUCUAUCUAAAUUUGAUUCCGGAUAGUGAGGAUGAAGUUCAUGAGGAGGAAGAUGGUGUGAUUCAGAUGAUGACGAUUCAGAUGAUGAUGAGAACCCACUUGUUGAAUACCUGUAUGCCUAAGGACUCAGACUGGGCGACGAGGAAAUCGGCAAUCUCUGGGACAUGCUUCCGCUACGUGAAGACUACCUAGGGAAGCCAUUCGUGACCCGCCUCACAAGGACGAAUGUUAAACGACAUAUCAUGGUAUGUUACUUAGUGUGGUAAUUACAUGAUAUGCAUGCUUAGUUAGUGUAGUAGUUCAUAUGAUAUGCAUGUUGUAGUACUGUGAUGAGAGGCCUAGUUUAGAAUUCAUUUAGUGAAGAAUUUUAUGACAUGCAUGUAGUGUAGUAAUAUGCGAUGAUAUGCUUAGUGUACGCAGUAAUCUAAUGAUAUGCCUAAUUACUGUAGUAAUUUGAUGCUUGGCGUAUAGUGUAGUGAUGUGAUGAUAUAUAUGCUCAGUGUUGAAUCCAAUGAUAUAUGUGUCUUGAAGUGUAUGCUUUGUUGAUAAUUGCACGUGACAUGAUCAUAUAUCAUGUCAACUGU